UCAAAUAUUCCCUUACUUUUUACAACGCCCCUCUUCUCCUCUCUUCUCCUCUCCUGUCUAGUCCCUCACUUCUCUCCAACUCUCUCUUAAUUCUGUUGAAUCAGAACAACAUUAGGGGAAUCAUAUGAGAAGAAAUUGAUGAAUUGGAACUGUAAUGUAAUGGUCUUUCUGAAUUUUGGUUUUGGGUGACGUUAUUCAUGAAGCCUCCUUCAACAGAGUUUGUUUCUGUUUAUAUAAAGUAGUGCUGUUGCUCUCCACGUCGAUCAAAAAUCAUGGACAUCUCCAAGGUUGAAGAUCAUUUGAUCUCAAUUGGCGAGCCCAAGAUGCAUGGUGAAAUGUGUAAGAGCCUAUGUUCUAUAUAUGCCAAACUGUUGGCAAUAUUACCUGACCUAGAAGCAGCUCGGCCUAGAAGCACAUCAGGUAUUCAGUCACUAUGUGCUUUGCACAUAGCACUCGAGAAGGCCAAGAAUCUUCUUCAACACUGUGCAGAAUGCAGUAAACUUUACUUGGCUAUAACUGGAGAUUCUAUUGUUUUGAAAUUUGAGAAAGCAAGAUGUGUCCUUGAAGAUAGUCUAAGGCUCGUCGAAGAUAUCGUUCCACAAGUUAUUGGUUCUCAGAUUAAGGAAAUUUUGGAUGAACUUCAGGGGAUUGUGUUCUCACUUGAUCCGACUGUAAAGCAAACUGGUGAUGAGAUCAUUGCAUUGCUCCGACAAGGGAGAAACUUCAACAGCAAUGGCAGUGACAACAAUGAACUUGAUUCUUUUCACCAGGCUGCUUCUAAACUUUGUAUUACCUCUUCAAGAGCAGCACUUAGAGAGAGAAGGGCUUUAAAGAAACUCAUAGAAAGAGCCCGGGCUGAGGAAGACAAAAGGAAGGAGUCAAUCAUUGCUUAUCUUCUGUAUCUUAUGAGAAAGUACUCAAAGUUGUUCAGAACUGAGUUCUCAGAUGACAAUGACUUACAGGGUUCAACACCUUGUUCACCCACUAUCCAAGGAUCUUUCAAUGAUGGUGGCAACCUUGCACGCAAUGGAAUUACUUUUGAAAGGCAACUUUUGAAACUUAGUUCAUUCAAUUUUAAAUCGAACUUCAGGAGAUCAGAGCAGAUGCAUGUCCCCCCUGAAGAGUUAAGGUGUCCAAUAUCAUUGCAACUUAUGUAUGAUCCGGUGAUUAUUGCUUCUGGGCAAACAUACGAAAGGGUCUGUAUAGAGAAAUGGUUCAGCGAUGGGCACAAUACUUGUCCAAAAAGUGAACAGCAGCUCCCGCACCUUUCUUCGACUCCCAAUUACUGUGUUAAGGGUUUGGUGGCUAGCUGGUGUGAACAGAAUGGAAUUCCCGUUGCAGAUGGCCCACCACAGUCACUUGAUCUCAAGAUUCUCAACUAUUGGAGGUUAGCAUUGUCUGAAAGUGAUUAUGCCAAUUCAAAGCCGUUGGGAAGUGUUGGGUUGUGCAAUAGCAAGGGUGUUAAGGUGGUACCUCUGAAUGAUAGUGCUAUUAUUGAGGAGAGCAUUUAUUGCACAAAUGUAUAUAGCCUCCUGGUUUCAUAUCUCAUGAGCAUUACGAUGAUGACAUUGUUCAUUGGACUUUUCAGAAACAAGGAAAUAAUGUUGGCAUCAGGAGUGCUACCAGUGUUGCAGGAUAUGAUAACAACUAAAGAUUCUAUAGGAGCUGCAACAGCUCUUUACCUGAGUCUUUCCUGCCUUGAAGAGGCAAAGCCCGUCAUUGGAUCAUCUGACUCUAUCCCUUUCUUGAUUCGGAUCCUCGAGUAUGAAACCGGUGUACAAUGUAAACUUGAUGCCCUUCAUGCCCUCUAUAAUCUCUCCAGUCAUUCCACCAAUAUACCCAUCCUCUUGUCAGCUGGCAUUAUUCAUGCCCUCCAAGCUCUUAGUAUCCAUUCAAGCGAUCAUGCCUGGAUGGAGAAAUGCAUAGCCCUUUUAAUAAAUUUAGCUUCAAGUCGAACUGCAAGAGAUGAAAUCGUACUGGCUCCUAGCCUCAUUAGCGGACUUGCAAAUGCUUUGGAUGUUGACGAGCCUAUUCAACAAGAGCAAGCCGCAGCGUGUCUUCUGUUAUUAUGUAAGGGAAACGAGAAGUGCGGUCAAGUAGUUCUUCAAGAAGGGGUGAUCCCUUCCCUCGUCUCAAUUUCAGUAAACGGGACCAUGAGAGGGAAACAAAAAGCUCAGAAGCUUCUGAUGAUGUUCCGUGAGCAGCGACAGCAGGACCCAUCACCAGUCCCUACUCAGCAGAAACCUGAAAGCGACGAGAUGCCCUUACCCGAUCAAGUUUCAAAGCCGUUAAGCAAGUCGAUCUCAACAAGAAAAGUAGGGAAGGCAUGGAGUUUUUGGUGGAAGAACAAGAGUUUUUCAGUAUACCAGUGUUAAAAUGGGCAUGACCUUUUUUUCUCCAGUUAGCUCUGUAAAUGUCUGCUGUAUUAUAUUUACGUGUUUUCUGCGCUAUAGACGGGCAUUUGCUUCAUUUCAACAUCUCGUGAAUGAGAUGUACAGGCAGGUCCCGUUGAUCGUGUUUGUCUCGCCUACAUGCAUCACUGGGGUUCCAUGUGUUGUUACUGGUAUAAAUAUGAUAGGUCUCACGUUAGGAUGUAAGUUAAGCUAAACGCAUAUGUGAAUAUCUUGUAUUAUGGACACUGUUAUGGAUUAAUCUUUUGAGAAAUAGUUCAAAAAGCGGUAACUUAUUUAUGUCGUAA